GUUUGGGCAUGGAUUUUGCACCCGCAGUCGGUUUUCCAAACCUCCAGCCAUCCCGAAUCCCUGCAGGACUCAGGGUCGAACCGUCGGAUUCAACAACGGUUCUUCGGUAGUUCGAGAUUCAAGUGGGAGAUGUGUUUUGCCUUUGUUUGACGGUGUCGAGGACAUGUUCUAGGACAUGUUUUGUUUCGUUCCUGUCUCUGAUGUCGCAGGGCACUGAUUGGCUGCAAAUGGCUGCAAAGUCCAAGUUCUAUCAGGUUCUUGGUGAACCACUGCAUUUUUGGUGGUCUUGGUAUGUUUUGUGGCAUCAACGGAGCCCACAAAUGAUGUUUUGCAGAUGGAAAGACAGCGAGCACCUCUGCUUCUUGAACCCCUUUCUGCCUGCAGAUGAACAAGAAGUCAUCUCUCGAGACUACAACCUUGAAGUGACCUGCAUCCCUGGUGCCUUCCACUUCGAACUCCCCAGCGAUGUGCCGCGAAGGUUCCCCAUUGUGGACGCCAGCGAUGAACGGCACUUAUUCGUCCAUCUGUAUCGUGAGGAGCGGCAUGAGUUGGAGCUCCGGGGUCCGGGUGAAGAGCUGGCACCCUUCACAUUGGCUGAGGGCUCUUCGCUGGUGGUGGCUUCAGCCUUGCAGGUGGAGGAAGGCGACAGUGUCCUGGACGCCUGUGCGACCGGGGUGACCUCGCUGGUCCUGGCCGGUGCCAUCUUCCAGCGUUGCCAACGCGGACAAGCAUUGCCCCAGGAUUUGCAAGGCCGCCUGGUCUGCAACGAAAUGGUGAAAGCGAAAGCCAGCCAUUUGCAGCAGACGCUGCAGUCCCUGCUUCCAUGGCGGCUUUUGGAUCCACAGGCCAGUUUGGCGGGCCACGGUCCUCGCGUGGUGUUCACUUCAGUGGACAUGGCGACGCCAUCCAAUGCAGCAGAGAGGCUUGGCCCCUACGACAAGAUCUUGCUUGGCCCUCCGUGCACCGAUGACAAAGCUUUGCUGAGAGGUGCUGCAGGAGGACUUACGAGAUGGUCACCCUCCAUGCCCAAGGUCAGCGGCGAGCGACAACUGAAAUGGCUCCACAACGCGCUUUGGCUUUUGCGUGAGGGCGGCACUGUGGUCUUCUUUACGCGGGCGUUAUCGCCCGAUGAGGGAGAUCACGUGAUCCAGCGGCUCUUUCGGCGGGUGGAAGGCGUGUUUGACCUCAAGGUCUUGGCAGUGGAUGAGUUGGUGUCACGUUUGGUGCCCGGACUCUGUUGUGAGUCGACAGAUUGGGGUGCCUGGAUCAUGCCGGACAAGACGUCCUUUGGUCCCAUGUUCUUCAGUCGCUUGCAGCUGCUUCGGCGAAUGCACGUGGGCUGCGAAAGUCCCUCAAAGUUCAUGCAGUUCUGAGUUCACGCAGAAGAGCUGCAGUGUUUCACCUGCGAGAAGAGCUUUGCAGACCUGCAAUCACCCGACAGACAUUAAGGGACAGAGUUUGGUGGAUCGGUGCUGUCCAGCUGAAGUCGAGCCAAGACACCACACAUUUUGAAAGGUCGGGUGCCAUGAGUCCAAAGAGCACCCUUAGUUCGGUGCUUGAAGGACUCUAAGGUGUCCGAAAUCCACUGAAUUCGGCUCAAAACGCUUGCCCC